AUGUGGCCAUGCUUUCCUUUCUGCCUUCUACCUUUUUCUCUCUUUGUCUGCCUGCUCUUCUUACCCACGGGUCAUCUUUGCCCUGCUGUCUGUAGCUGUAUGGACUACCACACCAUAGACUGCCGGGAUCAAGGACUCCCCAGUGUUCCCAAUCCGUUUCCAUUGGAUGUACGGAAACUUCUUAUAGCCGAUAACAACAUCCAGGCGAUACCAGCUGAUUUCUUCAUAUUUUAUGGAGACCUGGUCUAUUUGGACUUCAGGAAUAACUCCCUCACCUCUUUAGAAGAGGGCACUUUUAGCAGUUCUACCAAACUGGUGUAUUUAGAUUUAAGCUACAAUAAUUUAACGCAGCUUGAAGCCGGGAUAUUCAAAUCGGCAGAAAAACUGAUAAAACUCAGCUUGGGAAACAAUAACCUGGUGGAUGUGGACGAGGCUGCUUUUGAGAACCUGGAACAGCUGCAAGUGUUAGAAUUGAACGACAACAACUUGCAGAGCCUAAACGUGGCAGCCCUCGAAGCGCUUCCCUCCCUGCGGACGAUACGCCUGGAGGGCAACCCGUGGGUCUGUGACUGUGACUUUGCCAAUCUUUUCAGCUGGAUCCAGGACAAUGCCUCUAAGCUCCAGAAAGGUCUCCAUGAAAUCCAGUGUUCCCUGCCUGUAGAAAAUAGAAGAAUCUUUCUGAAUGAAUUAUCUGAGGUCAGCUUUAGUGAAUGCAAAUUUAGUUUGUCAUUGACGGACCUUUUUAUCAUCAUCUUCUCUGGAGUCGCAGUCUCCAUUGCUGCAAUUCUGUCAAGCUUCUUCCUAGCAACUCUAGUGCACUGCUUCCAAAGAUGUGCUCCCAGUAAAGAUGACGAUGAUGAUGAAGACGACAGUGAGGACUGAACUUAGUCUAUAUGCUUAAAUUUCCUUGGUUUAUAAAUUAAUGAUAGAUCAGCAGCCAAAGUCUAGGAAGAAAACCAGACUACAAGUUUUAGACAUGGUUAGAUUAAAUCGGUGUAUAAGGUUCCAUACUAAUUCCAUGAAGGUCACGGGAAGGAAUCACAGUUUGCAGCUGAGACUGUUACUUGCAUGUAUAACCUGAUGCAAUGAGAGCAGAUUAAUUUCUGUCAUCAUUAGUCAAACGUUGCAUUUAAAUUUGAAGGCCAGAAGGAAAAGGGAGAAAGGAAAAAAACAUGAAAAUGUUCCAGUGUUUUAAAAGACUGUCAGCUUCCACGCUGUCCUUCUGAUCAGAUGCAGAUCCUGUAAGCACUUUGUAGCUUGUUUUAAAUGUGCACUUGGAAAAGGGCAGCUCAGCUGGAAAUCUGGGUGCAAUUUAAGAGUGUCUUUCCUACAGUGAAUUAAUGGGAGAUUCUAGCAAGCUCACACAACUUCCUGAGUAACAAAACACAGUUGAAAGGAUUCCUAGAAGGGUGGAAAGCAUAGGGAGGUUGGUGGUUUCUCUCCACGAGUCUUCUCUCUGAAUAUGCAUCCUUCUUUCAAUGACUGACAGCAGCUGCAGACAUUCAGCCAAAUUUUCCUUUUCUAGAGGCAAAAUGUGGUUGUGGAUCUGAGUCAUCCACUGGCAGCUGCCUGACACCUCCUUGGCUAUGGCAAAAAUACGAACCAUAACGUUCUUUGGCAUUUUCAGUUGCAAUGAAAUAAAGGAAUUCCCUUCUGUGUAACGCUAGGCACAAGUAAUUGUUGCAGUGUUCAGCCUGUUCAGCUGUUUUAAAACACUAAGGGCUACAUUCUGCUUCUGGUUAUGCCAGAGUGAACCAGAGGAAGUGAACACCGUGAUCCUAACUGCAUAAACAAGAGUGGAAUCUGGCCCAAGAUAUUUCUGACUGUAUUAUAGAUUUGUCAGAACUUGAGCUCUACUAUAUAGCAUUAGUUAUUUUUGUUAAAAUGAGAAAAAAAAAGACAUUUAUUACAAGAGAUUUUUGGAAUAGUGCUGGACAGCUUUUUAGGAUAAGUCUAUUUUUAAAAUAUUUGUAAUGGAAAUAUUUUUUUAAAGCUCUGUGUAUUUCCAGUAUUGUCUAGAGUAGCUGGGAGGGCUUAAGGUAAGAAAUAACAUAGUAAUAAGCAAUCUAAGGACUGUAUGCUAGCAUAAAAGAGCUGAUUAACGUAGCAUCUAUUUAACUACUGCCAAUGCUAUAGUAUUUCUUAAAAGAAAAACACUCUGGUUAUAACAUUGCCUUGCUCAGUUAAUAUGAGUGGUCCUUUAUGGACACUUGGUCCCAAAUGUCUUGUAUCAGUUGUGCUAAUUGCUCAGGCAGACAGGAGCACAUCGCUGUGCAAGAUCAGGGCUUAGGGCACCUGGCUGUUGUUCCUGAGCGCAGAAGACUUUCAGCAAUUCACUCUUUCUGUCUGUGCCUCCAUUUUCCCACCUAUAAAAUGAAGGUCACAGUAACUAUUUAUCAUUUUAAAGAGCUUUGAGAUAUGCAAGGAGGGGGCACUCUAUUGGGGCUGUAUGCAUCAGGCUCAAGCAGAAGCUAUGGAAUAGAUCUAAUGUGAUCCUGUAUCAGUGUGGCUUUGCUGGCAUCAGUGGAGUUACUCCAUUGGCUCACAGUGUUUGCAGUGGGGUUUGCACCACGCUGAGGUUAAAACCAGGGUGAGAGUGUUUACUUCUGUUAGCUCUGCAGCUUAUUCAAUGUGACUUAAUGCUGCCAUCGUUAACAUUAUUACUUCUAAAAACACACUGAGACAGAAUGAAGUGGGACAGCGAGAGGAUGUUCUGUAUCAAUGCUGUCUUCUGUUACUCUUUCAAGACAAAUGCAAUGACAUGAUUUUCACUGUGUAGUGCCAUGUUUCAAAAUAACACAAAUAUAUUUCUAAUUUCAA